UGGCUUAUAUUUCCUAUAAAAGGGCUUGGAGUUUCCGUGUAAGGCCACACCGGUCGCCAACAACCUCAAACUGUACACCUCCUCUGUAUUCAAAGAACCGAUCAAAACAAGAAUCCUCAUCAUGCCUAUGUGUCAGCUCAGUACCAAUCUCCCAAGGGCCAAAGUGGAUGAGACUUUCGCCAAGGAACUGUCUGAAUUCGUUGCCAAGACUCUCGGCAAAGAUGAAAAGGUGGUGACACUGCAGGUCAACCCGGAUCAAAUCAUGGUGAGAUCCGGUUCCCAGGACCCGAUGCUACAUCUCACCGUUCACGCAUUCACACCAAACUAUUUCACCGACGAGAUCAGAGAAAGUAUGGUGACGUCACUGACGCCUUUCUUUUCCGAGAAACUUGGUAUCACCGACCUUGGAAGGAUAAUCUUGUCCUUCCAUCAAGUUGAGGCUUCACAUGUCGGGAUAUUCGGGAAACUUGUCAGCCAGAAAUAAAGACAUGACGUCGACCGAGCAAUAAUUUAUGCAAUAUGCCAAAUUCUAUCCUGCUUAAUGUUUAAAAACAAAAUGUUCAUAUUUUUUGUCAUACUUAUUUUGUUGUUUUUGCUUUACUCCGUGUCCUUGUCGUACUUGUGUUGCUAUAAAAGUGUAUCUGAAUCCAUGUGCAAGAAUAAAAGAAUUGUAACUGAUGUCAGAAGCGCUGGUUAUAGCAUGACGGCCGAUUGUCAACAAAACAACACCCAGUCGUGUUAACAAAUUAAUGUUCUGUAUAAAUUCAACAUUAUUUGCAAACUUUAGAUUUGUUUCCAACAAAUUCACACUAUUUUAUAGGAAAAAAAACUUGGGCUGUGACGUUGCGAUAGCCGGUGAUAACUAAAAGCCGUCAAUAAAUAGUAAAAUAAAACACAUUCAUCACUUUACCACGAGCAAUUAAACAAAAUUGUGACAAAUCUUUUACGACUUUUUGAAAGGAAUUGUAACAAAAUGUUUCAUCUAUAUAUAUAUAUAUAUAUAUAUUUCAACCAGUCAUGUCUAGUUUUUAAUUUUUGCCCAGAUUGAUUCUUAUGACCUUCACACACAAUCGUGAUAAAUUUUAGGAUUUGUUGUCGUCUUGAACGAGAAACGAGUUUUACAUUCCUUCGCCGUACUUUAUUUUCUUUUUUAAAUAUUUUGUUUAAUUUUUUAUAUGUAAUAAUUUACAGUAAACACAAGCGAUAUUGUGUCCUCAACGGAAAACGGAAUUCAAUUUUACGCGGUGUUACAUCCGGAAACCCUUGUUUGCGGUUCAGUUAUGCAAUAUAUACUAGCUUUGAAGGCAGCUAUCAUAAGAGCUCUGCCGAAAGCCGGAGUUAAAAUUUUGCACUUUUCUUUAUGCCUCCCUAGCUUAAGAUCUUAAAAAAUAUGGAACAAAACUCAACCAUCAUUUUAGGCAUAUGAAAACAACCGGGUAAUUUGCACAGAAGCACCCCAACUUUGGCCAUGUAUGUCUGCAUUUUAUAUGAUUUACGAGAAAGUAAGAGAACUGUAAUUGCUUGGAAAUAGUUAAUUUGUCUGUAUUAUUUCUUGUAAAGACUGACUGUACGAUUUGCUAAUUGAAAUAGCUGUGCUUAAAAAUGUAGAUAAAAAGAGGAAAAUGUACUAUUAUUAAAGCAUAUUCAUUUAUAUAAAA